AUGGAACCACUAAAAUGACCCAAAGGAUACUUCCAUCCAGCACAUCUAAAUAUCCAGCCCCCACUACAUGGACAAUCAUGCAACCCUUUAGGCAAACUGGGAUAACUCCUGAUGGAACCCAGAAAAUAGAAACCUUAAGUGCUGCUACACAGCCAAGCAGAAUAGCCAAAACUGCACCUACUCUUGUUCAUGCUGAUGGAGAGUUUUGGGUAGAUUUUGGUCUUUCAGAUUUUGAUGUCAAACCCACUGUUCCUUGUGGGGAGAUUGAAGAAAACCCUAAAACGACCCGGAGUAUGCUUCCAUCCAGCACACCUAUAAACAUGGUUACAUUCAGGCCACCUGAUAUUACACUUGUUACAAACCAAACAGCAGAAUUCUCAACUGCAGCUAUACAACCAGGCAGGAUCACCAAAACUGCAACUCCAACAGUUCAUGCUGAUGUAGAGUUUGGGACAGAUUUUGGACUUUCAGAUUUUGAUGUCAAACCCACUGUUCCUUGUGGGGAAUUUGAAGAAACCCCUAAAACAACAAGGAUACUUCCAUCCCCCACACCUUUAUAUCCAGAUCCCACGACAAGGAGAAACACCACUCACUUAUUUGAUAUAACUCGUGGUACAACUGAAAAAGCAGAAUCCUCCAGUUUGUCUACACAACCAGGAAGAAUCACGAAAACUACAGCUCCUGCUACUACAGAUAGAGAGUUUGGGACAGGUUUUGACUUUUUAGACUUUGUCAUACCCACUCUUCCUCCUAGAGAAUUUGAAGAAACCCCUAAAAUGACCCCAAGAAUACUUCCAUCUAGCACACCUUCAUAUCCAGACCCCACAACAAGGAAAAACGCCACUCCUUUCAGGCCACCUGAUAUUACUCUUGGUACAACCAUACAAGUAGAAGCCUCCAGUGUGUCUUCACAGCCAGGCAGAAACACCAAAACUACAGCUGCUGCUGAUGUAGAGUUUGCGACAGAUUUUGACCUUUCAGACUUUGAUGCCAUACCCACUCUUCCUUGUGAGGAAUUUGAAAAAACUCCUGUAACAACCCAAAGUAGACUUUCAUCAAGCACUCCCACACAUACAGAACAUACUACAUUGAAAAGCACAAGAAUUGACUUUGAUAUACCAUUGACAGAAACUACCACUUCAGCACAAACUACUAGUCUUGGUACCACUUCAGAAAUUACUACCUUAGAUACAACUUCUGCAGAAACCGCUACCCUUGGAACAACUUUUGCAGAACUUAGUACCCUUGGUUCAACUUCAAUUGAAACUACACCUUCUGUUAGUUCAACAGGUGUAGUUUUGGAAACAACCACAUUUGAAGUGACAACUGAUGAAACGACCUCAGCUAUGACAAUGUCUGGCUUAACAUCUGCUGUUGAAACCACAAUGCCUGAAACUUCCACUUCUGUAGAAACUUCUACUCUUGGUACCACAUCGUUUCAAAUUGCUACCAUGGGCCCCACUUCUCCAAAAACAACUACCUUUGGCAUGACUACUGCUGUUACUCCUACAACUUCAGUUAGUUCAACAGGUCUAGUAUUGGAAACAUCCACAUUUGAACAGACAACUGCUGAAAUAACCUCAGCUAUGACAACGAUGGGCUUAACAUCUGCUUUUGAAACCACAAUCGCUCAAACUAACACUUCAUCCCUAGUUAUUACACUUGGCGCCUCUUCUAUAGAAGCUAGUACCCUGGGAACCAUUUCUGUGGGAACCACUUCUGCAAAAACAACUACCCUUGGCACCACUUCUGUAGAAACAACUACUCUGGGUACAAUUUCUGCAGAAACCAGUACCCUUGGCAUCAGUACUAUAGGGCCCACUUCUGCAGAAACUACUACCCUUGACACAACUUUGGCAAAAACUGCUACCCUUAGCACCACUUCUGAAGAAACUUCUACCAUGGGCACUACUUCUGUAGAGUCUACCACUCUGGGCCCUACUGCUGCAGAAACCACUAUCUUGGGCACAAGUGCUGUUGAAUCUACCACUCUGGGCACCACUUCUGCAGAAGCUACAGCUUUGGUCACUUUUACAGAUCUGGUAUUGGAAACUACCACAUUUGAAAUGACAACUGUGGAAAAUGAAACUCACUCUGCAAUAACUACGCCUAGCUUAACAUCUGCCUCAGUAACCACAAUGGGUCAAACUUCCUCUUCUGUAGAAACUUCUAACCUUGGUACAACGUCUAUUCAAAUUACUACCCUGGAAACCACUUCUGCAGGACCCACUUUGGCAGAAACUAGUACCCAUGGUGCCAUUUCUGUAGAAAGUACUACCCUGGAAACCACUUCUGCAGGACCCACUUCAGCAGAAACUACUAUCCUUGGUAUGACUUCUGUAGAAUAUACAGCUCAGGGCCCCACUUCUGCAGGACCCACUUCAGCAGAAACUACUAUCCUUGGCAAAACUUCUGUAGAAUCUACCACUCUGGAGACAAUUUCUGCAGAAAUUACUACCCAUGGAACAACUUUGGCAAAAACUGCUACCAUUGGAACCUCUUCUGUAAACAGUACUACCCUGGUAACCACUUCUGUAGAAUCUAGUACCUUGGCCAUAACUUCUGCAGAAACCAGUACCCUUGGCACAACUUUUGUAGACCCUACUACCCUGGAAACCACUUCUGCAGGACCCAUUUCUCUAGAAACUAGUACCCUUGGUACCACGCCUGUUGAAGCUACCACUCUGGGCACCACUUCUACAGGACCCAUUUCUGCAGCAACUACUACCCUUGGCACCACUUCUGUAGAAACAAGUACUAUGGGAACAAGCUCUGCAACACCCACUUCUGCAGUAAAUACUACACUUGGCACCACAUCUGUUCCGUAUACCACAAUGGGCAUAGCUUCUGCAGAAUCUAGUACCCUUAGUACCACGUCUGUUGAAUCUACCACUCUGGGCAUCAGUUCUACAGGACCCACUUCUUCAGAAACCACUACCCUUGGCACCACUUAUGUAGAAACUGCUACCCUAAAAACCACGUCUGUAGGACCAACUUCUGCAGAAACUACUAACAUUAGCAUCACUUCUGUACAAAUUGCUUCCCUGGGCACAACUUUGAUAGAAACUACUACCCUUGGCACCACUUCUGUUCAAUCUACCGCACUGGGGACCUCUUCUAUAGAAAGUACUAUACUUGGAACCACUGCUGCAGAAUAUAGUACCUUUGGUUCAACUUCUGUUGGAUCUACCACUCUGGGCACAUCUUCUGCAAAAACGAGUACCUUUGGCACCACUUCUGUAGAAACUAGUACCCUGGGCAUAACUUCUGCAGAAACCAGUACCCUUGGCACAACUUCUGUAGAAACUACUACCCUUGAAACCACAUCUGCAGGACCCACUUCUUUAGAAACUAGUACCCUUGGAACCACUUCUACAGAAACCACUACCCUUGUCACCAAUUCUAUAGAGACUACUACCCAGGGGAAAACAUCUGCAGAAACUGCUACCAUUGGCACCACUUCUGUAGAAACUACUACCCUGGAAACCACGUCUGCAGGACCCACUUCUUUAGAAACCAGUACCCUUGGAACCACUUCUGUAGAAACUACUACCCUUGAAACCACAUCUGCAGGACCCACUUCUUUAGAAACCAGUACCCUUGGAACCACUUCUGUAGCAACUACUACCCUUGAAACCAUGUCCACAGGACCCACUUUGGCAGAAACUACUAUCCUUGGUACUACUACUAUAGAAAUCAGUACUCUUGGAAGCACUUCUGCAGAAACUAAUACCCUGGGCAUAACGUCUGCAGAAACCAGUACCCUUGCCACAACUUCUGUAGAAACUAGUACCCUUGGAACCACUUCUACAGAAACCACUACCCUUGUCACCAAUUCUAUAGAGACUACUACCCAGGGGAAAACAUCUGCAGAAACUGCUACCAUUGGCACCACUUCUGUAGAAACUACUACCCUGGAAACCACGUCUGCAGGACCCACUUCUUUAGAAACCAGUACCCUUGGAACCACUUCUGUAGAAACUACUACCCUUGAAACCACAUCUGCAGGACCCACUUCUUUAGAAACCAGUACCCUUGGAACCACUUCUGUAGCAACUACUACCCUUGAAACCAUGUCCACAGGACCCACUUUGGCAGAAACUACUAUCCUUGGUACUACUACUAUAGAAAUCAGUACUCUUGGAAGCACUUCUGCAGAAACUACUACCCUGGGCAUAACGUCUGCAGAAACCAGUACCCUUGGCACAACUUUUGUAGCAACUACUACCCUGGAAACCACUUCUGCAGAACCCACUUCUUUAGAAACUAGUACCCUUGGAGGCACUUCUGUAGAAACUACUACCCUUGAAACCACAUCUGCAGGACCCACUUCUUUAGAAACCAGUACCCUUGGAACCACUUCUGUAGAAACUACUACCCUUGAAACCACAUCUGCAGGACCCACUUCUUUAGAAACCAGUACCCUUGGAACCACUUCUGUAGCAACUACUACCCUUGAAACCAUGUCCACAGGACCCACUUUGGCAGAAACUACUAUCCUUGGUACUACUACUAUAGAAAUCAGUACUCUUGGAAGCACUUCUGCAGAAACUACUACCCUGGGCAUAACGUCUGCAGAAACCAGUACCCUUGGCACAACUUUUGUAGCAACUACUACCCUGGAAACCACUUCUGCAGAACCCACUUCUUUAGAAACUAGUACCCUUGGAAGCACUUCUGUAGAAACUACUACCCUUGAAACCACAUCUGCAGGACCCACUUCUUUAGAAACCAGUACCCUUGGAACCACUUCUGUAGAAACUACUACCCUUGAAACCACAUCUGCAGGACCCACUUCUUUAGAAACUAGUACCCUUGGAGCCACUUCUACAGAAACCACUACCCUUGUCACCAAUUCUAUAGAGAUUAUUACCCAGGGGAAAACAUCUGCAGAAACUGCUACCAUUGGCACCACUUCUGUAGAAACUACUACCCUGGAAACCACGUCUGCAGGACCCACUUCUUUAGAAACCAGUCCCCUUGGAACCACUUCUGUAGAAACUACUACCCUUGAAACCAUAUCUGCAGGACCCACUUCUUUAGAAACUGCUAGCCUUGGAACCACUUCUGUAGAAACUGCUACCCUUGUCACCAAUUCUAUAGAGACUACUACCCAGGGGAAAACAUCUGCAGAAACUGCUACCAUUGGCACCACUUCUGUAGAAACUACUACCCUGGAAACCACGUCUGUAGCAUCCACUUCUGGAGAAACUACUACUCUUGGCACUACAUCUGUUGAAUCUACUACUCUGGCCACCACUUCUGCAGAAACUAAUACCCUGAGAACAACUUUUGAAAAAACUAGUACCAUUGGCACUCCUUUUGUAUUAACUACUAACAUGGAAACCACUUCUGCAGAAACUACUACCCCGGAAACCACUUCAGCAGGACCCACUUAUGUAGAAUAUACUACACAGGAAACCACUUCUGUAGAGUCUACAACUCUGGGAACCACUUUUGUAGAAAUUACUACCUUACAUGCAAUUUCCGCAGAAACUAGUACUGUUGGAACCACUUCUGAAGAAACUACAACUCUGGGAACCACUUCUGCAAGACCCACUUCUAUAGAAUCUAUGGUCCCUGAAAUGACUACCCUGGGGACAACUUCUGCAGAAACUACUACCCAUGAAACCACUUCUGUAGAAAUUACUACCCUUACACCAUCUUCUGCAGAACCCACUUCGUUAGUAACUAAUACCCUUGACCUCUCUUCUGUAGAAAGUAUAACACUGGGAACAACUACUGUGGAAACCACAACCCUGAAAACCACUUUUGCAAGACCCACUUCUGCAGAAACUAGUACCUUUGGCACCAUUUUGGUAGAAACUACAACCUUGGAAACCACUUCUGCAGAACCCACCUCUGUAGUAACUAUUACCCUUGGCACUACAUCUGUUAAAUCUACAACUCUGGGCACCACCUCUGCAGAAACCACUACUCUUAGCACCAGUUCAAAAACUAGUACCCCUGGCACCACUUCUGUAGAAACUUCUAUCCUUGAUUCUAGUAUUGUUGCAUCUACAACUCCGGUCACCACUACAGUUAAAUCUUUUACCUUUGAAAAUGCUUCUGAUGAUGACACUUCCGCAGAAACUACCCUGGGCACAAUGUCUGCAGGAACUACUACCUUUGGCACCACUUCUGUUGAAACUACUACCAUGGGCACCAUUUCCAAAGAAACCACUACUCUGGAAACCACUUCUGCAGAAAUUACCAACCUUGGCACCACUUCUGUAGGAUCUACAACUCUGGGAGCCACUUCUGAAGAAACAACUACGCUUCGCACUACUUCUGUAGAAAUCACUACCCUACAUACUUCAGCAGAAACUAGUACUGUUGGAACCACUCCUGAAGAAACUACUACCAUUCAGACUAUUCCUGUAAAAACUACUAUUCUAGAAACCCCUUCUGCAAGACCCACUCCUGCUGAAACUAGUACCAUUGGAACCACUUCUGUAGAAACUACUACCCCGGAAACCACUUCUGCAGGACCCACUUCUGUAGAAACUACUACACUACAUACUACCACUGCAGAAACUAGUACCCUUGGCACCACUUCUGGAGAAACUUCUACCCUGGAAACCACUUUUGCAGGACCCACUUCUGUAGAAACCAUUACCCUACAUACUACCACUGCAGAAACUAGUACUGUUGGAACCACUUCUGAAGAAACUGCUACCCUUCACACCACUUCUGUAGAAACUACUACCCCGGAAAACAUUUUUGCAGAACCCACUUUUCUUGAAUCUACUACCCUUGUAACCACUUUUGAAGAAACUACUACCCUUGCAACUACUACUGUAGAAUCUACAUCUCUGGACAUAGCUUAUGCAGAAACUAGUACCAUUGGAACCACUUCUGAAGGACCUACUUCUGUAGAAACUAUUACCCUACAUACUACCACUGCAGAAACUAGUACCCUUAGCACCACUUCUGGAGAAACUGCUACCCUGAACACAACUUCUGCAGGACCCACUUCUGCAGAAAUGAGUACCAUUUGGACCACUUCUAAAGAAACUAGAACCACCGAUACCACUUCUGCAGAAAUUACUACCCUGGGGACAACUUUUGCAGGACCUAGUUCUGCAAAAACUACCACCUUUGGAACCACUUCUGUUGAACCUACAACUCUGCGCACCACUUCUGUAGAAACUACUACCCUUGAAACCACUUCUGCAGGAUCCACUUCUGUAGAAACUACUACUCUGGGAACAACUUCUGCAGAAACCCAUACAUUGGAAACCACUUCUGCAAGACCCAUUUCUGAAGAAACUAGUACACUUUGGACCACUUCUGUAGAAUAUAAAGCCCUUGAAACCACUUCUCCAAAAAUUACUACCCUGGGGACAACCUCUGCAGAAACAUCUACCCUUGGUACGACUAAUGCAGAAACCACUUCCCUGGAAAUGACUUCUGUAGAAACUACUACCCUGGGGACAACUUCUGCAGAAACUAGUACCCUUGAAACCACCUCUGUAGACACUAACAUCCUGGAAACCAAUUCUACAGGACCUACUUUUACAGAAACUAUCGUGGGUACCACUUCUGCAGAAACCGCUUCCCUAUUCACCACUUUUGUAAAAACUACCCUGGGGACAACCUCUGCAGAAACUAGUACCCUUGCAACCACUUCUGCAGAAACUACUAUCCUCAGAACCACAUCUGUAGAAUCUACAACCUCUGAAACAACUUCUGCAGAAAUUACUACCAUGGAAACAACUUCUGUAGAAAUUAGUAGCCCCGGAACCACCUAUGUAGAAACUACUAUUGAAACCACUUCUGCAGGACCUACUUCUGCAGAAACUACUACCCUGGGUACAACUUCUGCAGAAACGAAUAUCCUCAGAACCACAUCUGUAGAAUCUACUACCCCUGAAAGCACUUUUGAAAAAAUUACUACCCUGGAAACAACUUCAGAAAUUGGGACUCUCGGAACCACUUCUGUAGAAACUACUAUUGAAACCACUUCUGCAGGAAUUACUGCCCUUGAAACCACUUUUGCAGGAACCACUUCUGCAAAAACUACUACCCUAGGUACAACUUCUGCAGAAACUAUCCUCAGAACCACAUCUGUAGAAUCUACUACCCCUGAAACCACUUUUGAAAAAAUUACUACCCUGGAAACAACUGCAGAAAUUAGUACCCUCGGAACCACUUCUGUAGAAACUACUAUUGAAACCACUUCUGAAGGACCUACUUCUGCAGAAACUACUGCCCUUGAAACCACUUUUGCAGGAACCUCUUCUGCAAAAACUACUACCCUGGGUACAACUUCUGCAGAAACUAUCCUCAGAACCACAUCUGUAGAAUCUAUUACCCCUGAAACCACUUAUGAAAUGACUACCCUGGAAACAACUGCAGAAAUUAGUACCCUUGGCACCACUUUUGUAAAAACUAUGCUUGAAACAACUUCUGUAGAAUCUACUUACCGGGACAAACCUUCUGCAGAAACUACUACCAUGGGCAUAAAUUCCACUGAAACCAGUACCCUUGGAACAACAUCUGCAAAAAGUACUACCCUGGUGACAACUUCUGCAGGACCUUCUGGAGAAACUACUACCCUUGAAACCACUUCUGUAGCACCCACUUAUAGAGAAACUACUACUCUGGGCAAAACUUCUGCAGGAGCUACUACCCUUGCCACUACAUCGAUUGAAUCUACAACUUUGGGCACGACUUAUGCAGAAACCAAUAACCUUGGAACCCACUCUCUAGAAUCUACUGGCCUUGAAGCCACUUCUGAUGGACCUACUUCUGCGAGAAUUACUACCCUUGUCACCACUUCCAUAGAAACUUCUACUCUGGGGAAAACUUUUUCAGAAACUACCUUUGGGACCACUUCUGAAGAAACUAGUACACUUGGCACCACUUCUGUACAAACUGCUAUCCUGGGCACAUCUUCUACAGGACCCACAUCUGCAGAAACUACUACCCUGGAAACCACUUCUGCAGCACCCACUUAUGGAGAAACUACUACUCUGGGCAAAACAUCUGCAGGAGCUACUACCCUUGGCACUACAUCUGUUGAAUCUACAAUUUUGGGCACCACUUCUGCAGAAACUAGUACCUUUGGCUCUACUACUUUAGAAUUUACAACUCUGGACACCACUUCUGUUGAAUCUCCUACCGUUGAAAACACUUCUGUAGAUGACACUUCUGCAGAAACUACCCUGAGCUCAACUUCUGCAGGACCCACUUCUGCAGAAACCACUACUGUUGGCACUUCUACUAUAGAAACUGCUACCCUGGAAACCACUUACGUAGAAACUUCUACCCUGAAAAUAAUUUCUGCAGAAUCUAGUACCCUUGGUACCACUUCUGUUGAAUCUACCAGUCUGGGCACCACUUCUGCAGAAACUACUACCCUUGGUAUCGCUUCUGUGCAAACUACUAACCUGAAAACCACAACGACAGGAACUACUUAUGCAGAAACUACUGACCUAGGCAAAACCCCUGCAGAAAGUACUUUUUUUGAAACCAUUUCCACAGAAUACAGUACACUUGGUAACACUUCUGUUGAAUCUACCACUCUGGGCACCACUUCUACAGAGUAUACUACAAUUGAGAUCUCUUCAGAAACUAGUAACCUUGGAUUCUCUUUUUUAGAAACCACUCUCUUGGAAACCACUUCUGCAGUAUCCACUUCUACUGGCACCACUUCUUUAGAAACUACUCUGGAAACUACUUUUACAGGACCUACUUCUGAAGAAAAUACUACUUUUGGCACCACUUCUGUAGAAACUACUAUGCUGGAAUCCACAUCUGCAGGACCCACUUCAGUAGAAACUACUACUCUUGAAAUGACUUCUGUAGAAUCUACUGCUCUGGACUCCACUUCUACAAGACCCACUUCUGCAGAAAUUACUAGUCUUGGCACCACUUCUGUAGAAACUACUACCAUGAGCACAACUUUUGCAGAAACCACUAACCUGGGCAAAACCUCUGCAGAAACUACCCUGGGCACAACUUCUGUUAAAUCUACCACUCUUGAUGCCACUUCUGCAGAAUAUUCUAUGCUUGGCACUCAUUCUGUAGAAAUUAGUACCAUAGGCAGUACUUCUGUACAAACUACUACCCUGGGAACAUCAUAUGCAGAAACGAGUACUUUUGGAACAAAUUAUGUAGAAACCAGUACCCUGGGAUCCACUUCUACAGGAUCCACUUCUGCUGAAACUACUAUGCUUGACACCACUUCUGUACAAACUACUGCCCUAGGAACAACUGCUGGUCUCACUUCUGCAGAAACUACUACCUUUGGCACCACUUCUGUAGAAACUACUACCUUUGGCACCACUUCUGCAGAAACCACUACCUUUGGCACCACUUCUGCAGAAACCACUACCUUUGGCACCACUUCUGUAGAAACUACUGUCCUGGAAACCAUGGCUGCAGGAAACACUUUUGCAGAAACUAGCCUGGGCACAACUUCUAUUAAAUCUACCACUCUGGGCACCACUUCUGUACAAACUUCUACCCUAGGCACAUCUUCUGCAGGACCCACUUCUGCAGAAACUAGUACUCUUGGCACCACUUCUGUAGAAACUACUACCCUUGACUCUACUACAUUGGAAUCUACAACUCCGGGCACCACUUCCGUUACAUCUUACACUCUGGAAACCACCUCUACAGGACCCACGUCUGCAGAAACAACUAGCCUUGACACCACUUCUGUAGAAUCUACCAGUCUGGGCACCACUUCUGCAGAAACUACUCUACUGAAAACCACUUCUACAGGAGCCACUUAUGCAGAAUCUACUACCAUUGGCACUACAUCUAUAGAAACUACUACCCUGGAAACCACUUCUGCCGUAACCAAAUCGGCAGAAACUACUACCCUGGAAUACAUUUCUGCUGAAACUACUACACUUGAAGCCUUUUCUGCAGGACCCACUUCUGCAGAAUCUACUACCCUGGAAACCACUUCAGUUGAGUCUACCACUCUGGGUACCACUUCUGCAGAAACCACUUCUUUAGGUUCCAGUUCUGUAGAAACUACCUUGCUCGCCGCUUCUGCAGAAACUUCUAACCUUGGCACUACAUCUGCCAACACUAGUACACUUGGAACCACUUCUGUAGAAACUACUACCCUGGGAACAAAUUCUGCAGAAACUACUACCCUUGACACUACUACUGUAGAAUCUGCAACUCUGGACAGCACUUCUGCUUUUAGUACCUUUGGAACCUUUUCUGUGCAGACUACUACACUGAUUACCACUUCUGUGGAAACAUCUACCCUUAACAUCACUUCUGUUGAAUUUUCCACUCUGGGUAGCACUUCUCCAGAGACUACUAUCUUUGAAAUCACUUCUGCAAUACCCACUUCUGCAGAAAGUGCUACCAUUGGCAAAAUUUCUGCAGAAACUACUGUUCUUGAAACCACUUCUGUAGGUCCCAGUUCUGCAGAAACUUCUGCACUUGGCACUACAUCUGAAAAAACUAGUACCCUUGACACCACUUCUGUAGAAACUACUACCUUGGGCACCAUUUCUACAGAUACUAUCUUUGUCACUACUUCUAUAGAAAUGACUAAACUUGAAACUGUUUCUACAUCUUCCACUUCCGCAGAAAUUAGUACCCUUGGCAUUACUACUGUAGAAUCAUCAACUCUUGGCACCACUUCUGCAGAAAUUACUAACCUUGAAACAUUUUCUGUAGAAACUACUACCCUGGAAUCUACUUCUGCAGGACCCAGCUCUGUUGAAUCAAUCACUCUGGGCACCACUUCUGCAGAAACUACUACCCUUGAAACUACUACUGCAGGACCCACUUCUGCAGAUGCUACCAUGGGCACAACUUCUGCAAAAACUACAGUCCUUGGCACCACUUCUAUAGAAACUACUAUCCUAGGCACAACUUCUGCAGAAACCGAUACCCAUAAAACCACUUCAACAAAAACUACAGCCCUUGGCACCAUUUCUGGCAAAACUACCACCCUGGACACAGAUUCUCCAGAAACUACUACUAUUGGCACCUUUUCUGUAGAAACAACCAUGCUGGGCACCACUUUUGCAGAAACUACUACCCAUGGCACCACAUCUGUAGAAACUACUACUCUUGAAACCACUUCUGCAGAAACUACUACCUUUGGCACCAGUUCUGCAGAAAGUAGUACCCAUGGCUCCAUCUCUGAUGAAACGACUACUCUGGGCACUACUUCUGCAGUAACGACUACCAUUGGCACCAAUUCUGUAGAAUCUACCAUUCCGGACACCACUUCUGUAAAAACUAGUACACUGGGCACAUUUGCAGAAACUAUUACCAUUGAAACCCCUUCCGUAGAAACCAGUACUCUUGAAACCACUACAGCAGUGCCAACUUUUGCUGAAACAAUCAUCCAAGACAAUAUAUAUGUAGAAACCACUUCUGCAGAAACUAGUAACACUGGCAGCACAUCUGUAGAAUUUAGUACCCCGAACCCAUAUUCUGUAGAAACUACUUCCCUGGACACAACUUCUGAAGUACUCACUUCUACAGAAACUAGUACUUUUGCCACCGCAACUUCAGAGAAUACUACCCUUGCUGCCACAUCUGCAGAAAGUAUUAAUCUUUACACUGCUUCUGCAGAAAGUACUACCCUUGGCCCCACUUCUGUAGAAACUAAUAUCCUGGGCACAUUUGUAGAAUCUUCCACUCUGUACACCACUUCUGCAGAAAUUACCACGCUUGACAAUACUUCCCUGAAAACCACAUCUGUAGGAUCCACUUCUGCAGAACCUAGUACAAUUGGCACGGAUUCUGUAGAAACUACUACCCUGGACACAACUACCACAGAAACUACUACCUUUGGCGCCACUUCUGAAGUAACUUCUACCUUUGGCACCACGUCUGUAGACACUACUAUCCUCGCCACCACUUCUGCAGAAAUAACUACCCUAGCCACCACUUCUGUAGCAAAUACUACCCUAAAAGCCACUUCUGUAGAAUCUUCAACUCUGGACAGCAAUUCUGCAGAAACUGCUACCCAUGGAACUACUUUCGUAGAGAUCACUACUUUGGGCAAAACCUCGGUUGAAUCUUCUUCCCUUGGAACAACUUCUGCAGGACCCACUUCUAUUGAAUCUACCACUCUGGGAAUUACUUCUGCAACUAGAACCCUUGCCACCACUUCUGAAGAAUCUACAACUCUGGAAACCACUUCUGUAGAAUCUACCAGUCUGGGUACCAUUUCUGCAGGAAUUCCUACACUGGUUACAACUUCUGUAGCAACUACUAUCUUUGGCACCACUUCUGCGGAAGCUAGUACCCUUCGCACCACUUCUGCAGAAACCACUAUCUUGGACAUAACUGCUGUAGAAACGGCUACCCUUCGCACUACUUCUGCAGAAACUACUACCUUUGGCACCAUUUCUGUUGAAACCACUUCCCUUGAAACCACUUCUGCAGAAAAUACCCUGGGAACUACUUCAGUUGAAACUACCACACUGGGCACCACUUCUGCAGAAACUAGUACCCUUGGCACCACUUCUGUAAAAACUACUACCCUGGGGACCACUUUUACUGGACCUAUUUCUCCUGAAAGUACUACCCUUGGCACCAGUUCUGUUGAAACGACUAGCCUUGGUACCACUUUCACAAAAACUAGUACUCUUGGUACCACUUCUGUAGAAACUACUAACAUGGGCAUAACCACUGCAGAAACUAGUACCCUUGGCACCACUUCUGUAGAAACUACUACCAUUGGCACCACUUCUGCAGAAAUUACUAUCUUGGGCAUAACUUCUGCUGAAACUGCUACCCAUGACACCAUUUCUGUUGAAACUGCUUCCCUGGAAACCACUUCUGCAGAACUCACUUCUACAGAAAAUACCCUGGACACUACUUCAUUUGAAAUUACCAUACUGGGCACCACUUCUGCAGAAACUAGUACCCUUCACACCACUUCUGUAGAAACUAGUACCCUUCGCACCACUUCUGUAGAAACUAAUACCCUGGGGACCACUUUUGAAGGACCCAUUUCACUUGAAAGUACUACCCUUGGCACUAGUUCUGUUAAAUUCACUACCCUUGGUACCACUUCUGCAGAAACUACUACCCUUGGUACCACUUCUUUAGAAACUACUAACAUGGGCAUAACCACUGCAGAAACUACUACUUUGGGGACCACUUUUGCAGGACCAAUUUCCCCUGAAAGUACUACCCUUGGCACCAGUUCUGCAGAAACUAGUACCCUUGGUACCACUCCUGUAGAAACCAAUACCCUGGGGACCACUUUUGCAGAACCCACUUCUCCUGACAGUACUACCCGUGGAACCAGUUCUGUUGAAUCUACUACUCUUGGUACCACUUCAGCAGAAAUUCAUACCCUUGGUACCACUUUUGUAGAAACUACUAAUGUGGGUCUAAGCACUUCAGAAAGUAGUACCCUUGGCACGACUUCUGUAGAAACUACUAACCUGAGAACCAAUUCUGUUGAAAGUGCUACCCUUGACACAAUUUCUGUUGAAUCUUCUAACCUUGAAACCACAUCUGCAGGACCCAGUACUGCAGAAUCUACUAUCCUAGGUACCACUUUUGCAGAAAUUAGUACCCUUGGUACCACCUAUGUAGAAACUACUAACGUGGGCACAACCACUGCAGAAACUAGUACCCUUGGCACUACUUCUGUAGAAACUACUACCCUGGGGACCACUUUUGUAGGACCCAUUUCUCCUGAAAGUACUACCCAUGGCACCAGUUCUGUUGAAUCUACUACCCUUGGUACCACUUCUGUAGAAACUACUAACCUGAGCACAACUUCUGUUGAACGUGCUACCCUUGACACCAUUUUAGUUGAAUCUACUAACCUUGAAACCACAUCUGCAGGACCCAGUACUGCAGAAUCUAGUACCCUUAGCAACACUUCUGUAGAAACUACUACUCUGGGCACAAGUUUUGCUGAAACUACCACCCUUGGCACCAUUUUUGUAGUAGCUGCUUCCCUUGAAACCUCUUCUGCAGAAACAACCCUGGGCAUAACUUCAGUUGAAUCUACCUCUUCUGUAGAACUGAUUACUCUUGGCACAACUUCUGUAGAGACUACUACCCUAGGCAAAACUUCUGUAGAGCUCAUGCCUGCAGAAAGUACUUCCCUGGGCACAACUUAUUUAGAAACGAAUACUUUUGGAAGCACUUCUGUAGAAAUUACUACCUUUAAAACCAUUUCUGUAGGGCCCACUACUGCAGAAAUGACUACUCCUCGCACCACUUACGUAGAACCUACUGCUCUGGAAACCAUUUCUGCAGGACCAACUUAUGAAGAAACUAGUUCCCUUGGCACAGCUUCUGCAGAAAUUACUACCCUGGGCUCAACUUCUGCAGGAACUACUAUCCUUGGCACUACUUCUGUAGAAUCUACAGCUCUGGGUACCACUCCUGUGGAAACUUCUACCUUUGGUACAACUUCUGCAGAAAUGACUACCUUAACCACAGCUUCUGUAGAAACUACUACUCUGGAAACCACUUCUGCAGGACCCACUUCUACAGAAACUAUUGCCCUUGGCACUACUUCUGUAGAAUUUACUGUCCUGGUAAGCACUUCUGUAGGACCCACUUCUGCAGAAUCCAUUACCCUUGGCACCACCUUUGUAGAAACUAGUAACCUUGAAACCACUUUAGCAGAAACCACAGACUCAAUUGUAACUACACCUGGCAUAACAUCUGCUGUUGAAAGCAUAAUGUCUCAAACUACCAUUGGCAUGGAUCCUGUUGAAACUACACCUUCAGUUAGUUCAACGGUAGUAUUGGAAACAUCCACAUUUGAAAUGAGAACUGCCGACACAACAAACUCUGCAUCUACACCUGGAAUAACAUCUAUUGUUAAUAGCACAAGGUCUCUAACUGCCACUUGGCACCACUAUUGCAGAAACCAAUAUCAUUUGCACCGCUUGUGCGAAAAAAGCAACUAUGACAGAUACAGAUUCCUUAGAAUGUACCACCACUUGUAUACACAAUAUCUAGGCACAACUCCUGCAAUAACUACUACCCUUGGCACAACUCCUGCAGAAACAACUGCACCGGGCACCACGUCUCAAACUGCCACUUGGCACCACUACUGCAGAGACCACUAUCAUUUAAACCACUUGUGUGACAAAAGCAACUAUGACCGAUACAGAUUCCUUAGAAUGUACCACCACUUGUACACAAACUACCCUGCAGAAACUACUACCCUUGGCACAAUUUCUGCUGAAACUACUACCCUUGGCACAACUCCUGCAGAAACUACUACUCCGAGCACCACUUCUCAACUUGCCACUUGGCACCACUACUGCAGAAACCACUAUCAUUUGCACCACUUGUGUGAAAAAAGCAACUAUGACCGAUACAGAUUCCUUAGAAUGUACCAUCACUUGUACACAAACUACCCUGUAAAAACCACUUCUGUAGAAACUACUACUAUUGGCACAACUCCUGCAGAAACUACUACUCUGGGCACCAUGUCUCAGACUGCCACUUGGCACCACUACUGCAGAAACCACUAUCAUUUGCACCGCUUGUGUGAAAAAAGCAACUAUGACCGAUACAGAUUCCUUAGAAUGUACCACCACUUGUACACACACUAUCCAGGCCCAACUCCUGCAAUAACUACUACCCUUGGCACAACUCCUGCAGAAACUACUACCCUUGGCACAACUCCUGCAGAAACAACUACUCCGGGCACCACGUCUCAAACUGCCAUUUGGCACCACUACUGCAGAAACCACGAUCAUUUGCACCACUUGUGUGAAAAAAGCAGCUAUGACAGAUAUAGAUUCCUUAGAAUGUACCACCACUUGUACACGCUCUAUCCAAGCACAACUCCUGCAAUAACGACUACCCUUGGCACAACUCCUGCAGAAACUACUACUCCGGGCACCACGUCUCAAACUGCCACUUGGCACCACUACUGCAGAAACCACGAUCAUUUGCACCACUUGUGUGAAAAAAGCAACUAUGACAGAUACAGAUUCCUUAGAAUGUACCACCACUUGUACACACACUAUCCAAGCACAACUCCUGCAAUAACGACUACCCUUGGCACAACUCCUGCAGAAACUACUACUCCGGGCACCACGUCUCAAACUGCCAUUUGGCACCACUACUGCAGAAACCACGAUCAUUUGCACCACUUGUGUGAAAAAAGCAACUAUGACAGAUAUAGAUUCCUUAGAAUGUACCACCACUUGUACACGCUCUAUCCAAGCACAACUCCUGCAUUAACUACUACCCUUGGUACAGCUCCUGCAGAAAGUACUACUCUGGGUACAAUGUCUCAAACUGCCACUUGGCACCACUACUGCAGAGACCACUAUCAUUUAAACCACUUGUGUGACAAAAGCAACUAUGACCGAUACAGAUUCCUUAGAAUGUACCACCAAUUGUACACAAACUAUCCUGCAGAAACUACUACCCUUGGCACAAUUUCUGCUGAAACUACUACCCUUGGCACAACUCCUGCAGAAACUACUACUCCGAGCACCACUUCUCAACUUGCCACUUGGCACCACUAUUGCAGAAACCAAUAUCAUUGGCACCACUUGUGUGAAAAAAGCAACUAUGACAGAUAUAGAUUCCUUAGAAUGUACCACCACUUGUACACAAACUACCCUGCAGAAACUACUACCCUUGGCACAAUUUCUGCAGAAACUACUACCCUUGGCACAACUCCUGCAGAAACUACUACUCCGGGCACCAUGUCUCAAACUGCCACUUUGCAAAACUACUGCAAAAACCAUCAUUUGCACCACUUGUGUGAUAAAAACCGCUAUGACAGAUACCAAUUCCUUAGAAUGUACCACCACUUGUACAUGCAAUACCCUGUAGAAACUACUACCUUGGGAACCACUUCAGUUGAAACAACUAUUUCGAGUACCACUUCUACGUAAACGAUUUACUCUACUACCCGAUUCCUUAAUGUACAAACACUUGUACACACUAGUACCCUUGCCACCCCUUUGCAGAUAGUCCUAUACUUGUCAUCACUGUAGAAACAUCAGAAUUAAUUCAACAGUAAUAGUAUUAUAAGCAUCCACACAUGUAAUGACAACUUAUGGAACAAUCUUUGCUAUAUCUAUGUCUGACAUGUUGUCUGCUUUUGAAUCCAUAGUGGCUUAAAAAUAACACUUCUGCAGAAAGUACUACCCUUUGCACACUUUUUGUGGAAACUACCAUUCUGGCCACCACUUCUGGGGAAAGAACUACCUUUGACUCCACUACUACCCUAGGCACCACCUUGACUGAAACACUGUUGUUCUGAAAUUCUGCAAAAUCCUGCAAUAAACAAGUUAUGCUCCGAGUCCAGAGCCUUGAUCUAAACAGUAUAACAAUCACCUUCUGAGAAGAGACCUGCACGAUCGCAGGACCCAACGCGAUGGAGUGCGGCACGGGACAACAGUUGAUGGGCAGGUGAAUAAUCUUUGUUGCAGUUUACUUUGUUGCAACAAUGGAGGUUUCCGAUUCAAAGAUGUAUGGUGUAUGAGUGACCUGUAUGACUCUUUUAGUUGUAUCUGUGGAACAAGCUUACCACUGAUGAGCAGAUUGUGGGCAAUGAGAUGAGGACAAGGUCUUGUGGUAUUCCCUAAAGACUGCUACUCCGCUACAGAUACUGAUCUCUGCGCAACCUGCCUAAUAAAAUAGGAAUUUAAAUGUAAAUUACUAAUAUUUAAUGAUCAGAUGAGUUUUUUUUUGACAAAUUAUAUAUUAAAAUGUAAUUGCUGCAAUUGAUUUUUGAAAAUAUUUUAUGGUUUGUGUAAUGUAAAUGUCACUGUUAAAUGAAUAAAAGGAUUUCACUGAAA